AUGGUUCAAAAAAUCCCCUCCUUUUUAUAGUUUCUCUCUCCGUAUACCCAAACCCUCUUUUUCUCUCUCUAUAUUUAGUCUCGCUUUGUUGGCGGCUGAAAAACUCUCUCUCUCUAACCCGUUGUCUCCGCUCUCUCUUCUAGGGUUUCUUUCUCUCUCCUCCCAUAAACCCUUGCAAAAUCUUCAGUGUUUCCCUACUCCUCCUCCUUUUGAGGGAUCUAUCUUUUUGUUAUGGCUGCUGGUGCUCCUCCUGUUGAUCAAGCUGCAGGCUUGCUGCAGAAUUUGUCAUUGGAUUCUCAGAAUAAGAAUCUUGAAAUUGCAGAGCCAAAAAAGAAGCCUUCUGUUGACUCAAAAAACGUGGGAAAUGGACAGAACCAGCCUAUGAAUCGGUCUGUGACCCCUGUGUUGCCGGAAUUCAUAGAUCCAAAUUUUUGCUAUCUUCCUAAUGGUUAUCCCUCUACUGCAGCAUACUAUUAUGGAUAUGAUGCUUCUGGUAAUGAGUGGGAGGACUAUUCAAGAUAUUUGAAUCUGGAUGGGGUUGAGAUGCCCGGAGUUUAUGGGGACAACGGGUCGCUUAUCUAUCAUCAUGGCUAUGGUUAUGCACCCUACAGUCCAUAUUCACCUGCUACUUCCCCUGCCCCAACUUUGGGGCAUGAUGGCCAGCUCUAUGGAUCACAGCAAUACCACUAUCCGUAUUUCCAGCCCCUCCCUCCAACCAGUAAUUCAUACUCUACUCCAGUUGCCCUGCCAAAAGGUGAGAUCGCCACCUCUGCUGCUGCUGCUGCUGACCAAGCAUCAAUGUCUGUUGAUUCUGCUAAUGGAAAUUCUAAUGGCAUUGCCAAUGGUGGUGUAAAGGGAAAUGCUGGGCCUACGCCUGUGAGGCCUGCGUUCCAGAACCCAUCCGUAAAUGCUAAUGGUUCUUAUGGGCGGGGUGCCUUGCCUGGAGGAGCUGCUUCAGGUUAUCAGGACCCUAGAUUAGGUUUUGAUGGUGUGCGAUCUCCCAUUCCAUGGAUAGAUGGAUCAAUGUUCACUGACGGGCAAGCUAGGCCGGUGUCGAGCAAUUCUUUUACACCAUCUUUUUCAAAUGGCAGUGCUGUUCCAUCAUCAAAAAAUCAGAAUGUUCAUCCGCAUCUAAUGGGCUUCCACCACCCAAGGCCCUCGUCUGGCAUGAACACAACAAAUGGGUAUAUGAAUAGGAUGUACCCCAAUAAGCUGUAUGGGGGGCGUUAUGGUAACACAUUCGGUACUGGCAUGGGCUUUGGAUCCAAUGGAUAUGAUACUCGCACUACAGGUCGUGGGUGGAUGACGGUUGACAACAGGUUCAAACCCAGGGGUAGAGGAAAUAGUUUCUAUGGUUACAGCAACGAGAACAUGGAUGGUUUAAAUGAGCUCAACAGGGGACCUAGAGGUAAAGGUUCCAAGAAUCAAAAGGGUUUUACACCAGUCGCCCUGGCAGUCAAGGGCCAGAACAUUCCGCUCACUGUAACCAAUGAUGCCGAGAAAGAUAAAUCGAGCCUGAUUCCUGACAGAGAACAAUACAACUGUCCGGAUUUUCCAGUGGCAUAUACUGAUGCCAAGUUUUUUAUAAUCAAGUCUUACAGUGAGGAUGAUGUGCACAAAAGCAUUAAAUAUAAUGUUUGGGCUAGCACACCAAAUGGUAACAAGAAGCUUGAUUCUGCUUACCAGGAGGCUCAACAAAAGUCUGGAGGUUGCCCAGUUUUUCUUUUCUUCUCGGUAAAUACAAGUGGUCAGUUUGUUGGUGUUGCAGAGAUGGUAGGACCAGUUGAUUUCAACAAGAGUGUGGAGUAUUGGCAGCAAGACAAAUGGAUCGGCUGUUUUCCUGUCAAGUGGCACAUUGUGAAGGAUGUACCAAACAGCUUGUUGAAACACAUCACGCUGGAGAACAACGAGAACAAGCCUGUUACCAACAGUAGAGAUACGCAGGAGGUUAAAAUGGAGCAGGGCCUACAUGUGAUUAAGAUAUUUAAGGAUCAUAUUAGCAAACAGUGCAUCCUUGAUGAUUUUGAGUUCUAUGAGGAUCGUCAGAAGAGAAUCCAGGAAAAGAAGGCCAAGCAGCAGCUAUUCCAGAAGCAGUCGCAGGCAUGGGAAGGCAAAGCUACUGAAGAGAAGAAAGAAAAUGCAAAGUUGGAACUUAAGUCCCAGAAACCUUCAGAAGUUCCCGCUGGUUUGAACAAGGAAAGUUUACCCGCUGCUCCAACUAAUGGGGAGGUCAAGCUUACAGAAAAUGGAUCAGUUACAAAGGGAGAUGAUGUGAAGGGUGCUAAACCAUUCACUGUAGCAGAAAAGAAACCUGUAGCUAAAGGGAUAGCAAAUGGAGUUGCUAAUGGAUGCUAGCUUCACCUAAUGAAGGGGGAGGUCUGUGGUUGAAGCGGCCCUAAAUUGGAGCUUGUUGACUACAUGAUUUGCACGCGAGUGCUUGGUUAGAUCUCAUAACCAUUGGACUGCCCCGUUUGUCCUAGCUGCAUUUGGAGUUGGUUCUUGCAUUAAGAAAUCCCCGGAGAUAAAUCAAUGGCAAGGCUAGUUCAAUCUGUUUCUGAGUUCAGGAAGUAUGGAAGCUCAAUUUUUCCUCAGGUUUUAGCUUCUGACAGGUUUCAUACCUAAGGGGUUUGGGUUUUAGGAUAAUUUUUUUUUUAAAUUUUGUUUUCGUCUUGUGGCUUAUUUUGGUCAAUUUUCCCUGUUUUUAAAAAGUUAUUUGGGUUUUAAAGGGUGGGGUUCUUGUUAUUAUUAGUUUGGCUCCCAAUCCUGUCUUGUAAAUCUAGAUCAAUCUGUUGCGGCAGUUCAGCAUUGCUUUUUUGUACUAAUGAAAGAGCUAGAAGCGAGGUUGGGAAUGCAUUGCAAUAUAGUUAAUUCAAGAAGCAUUUGGCAGCGAUUUUUCCAAA